CUUCUUUGGGCCUCAUAAACAACCACAGAACCACAAGUUGGGUACAGAGGCAGUCACACAAGAGCGGGUCCGGGAUAUUGGUCAGCAGGCAGGGCGAAUCAUUUUGACUGCAAACCACAAGAGUUUCGUAGAGUGGUGAAAGAAAACACAUAUCACAACUCUUUAAAAGAGAGAAUAAGAUUUUAAGAAGGAAACCAUGGCUUCAGAGAGCAUAUUUGACUCAUUUCCUUCUUACCAGCAGUGCUUCAUGAGAGAUACCGGCACCAGCCGCCGCUUCACGCCGCCCUCCACCACGCUGAGCCCCGGCAAGAUGAGCGAGGCGAUGCCGCUGGGAGGCCAGGAGAGCAACGGAGGAGGAGGAGGCGGAGGAGGAGGAGGCACCGCCGUCGUCCUGGCCGGGAAGCUGAGGAGCGCCGAUCGCAGCAUGGUCGACGUCCUAGCCGACCACCCGGGAGAGCUGGUCCGCACCGACAGCCCCAACUUCCUCUGCUCCGUCCUGCCCACCCACUGGAGGUGCAACAAGACCCUCCCCAUCGCCUUCAAGGUGGUCGGCUUAGGAGAUGUUCCUGAUGGUACUUUGGUCACAGUAAUGGCUGGAAAUGAUGAAAACUAUUCUGCAGAACUGAGAAAUGCUACUGCUGCCAUGAAGAAUCAAGUAGCAAGAUUCAACGACUUGAGAUUUGUGGGCAGAAGUGGAAGAGGGAAGAGCUUCACUUUGACCAUCACAGUCUUCACCAAUCCUCCACAGGUCGCAACCUAUCACAGAGCCAUAAAGAUAACUGUGGAUGGACCCCGUGAGCCACGACGACAUCGUCAGAAACUAGAUGAACAGACAAAGCCUGGAAGUUUGUCCUUUUCAGAACGUCUGAGUGAACUGGAGCAGUUGCGUCGCACAGCCAUAAGAGUCAGCCCACACCACACAGCCCCCACACCCAACCCAAGAGCUUCCUUGAACCACACCACUGCUUUUAACCCACAGCCUCAGAGUCAGAUUCAGGAUACAAGGCAACUUCAGCCAUCUCCUCCUUGGCCUUAUGACCCUUCUUACCAAUAUCUGGGAUCAAUUGCAACACCCUCCGUUCAUCCAGCAACACCAAUUUCACCUGGAAGGGCUAGUGGAAUGACUUCCCUUUCUGCGGAACUUUCAAGCCGUCUGACAGGUGCUUCUGACCUUACAGCAUUCAGUGAUCCAAGAGUAGGAAUUGAACGUCCUUUCCCUGCCAUUCCAUCCAUUUCUGAUCCUCGUAUGCACUAUUCAGGACCAUUCACCUACGCUCCAACACCUGUCAGUUCAGGAAUAGGAAUUGGCAUGUCUGCCAUGACCACUGCCACAAGAUACCACACUUAUCUCCCCCCUCCAUACCCAGGUUCUUCUCAGGCUCAAGGUGGCCCAUUUCAGACCAGCUCUCCAUCUUAUCAUCUCUACUAUGGAACAUCAGCGGGAUCUUAUCAGUUCUCCAUGAUGUCUGGAGGAGAUCGGUCACCCCCGCGUAUUCUUCCUCCUUGCACUAAUGCUUCCACAGGAUCGACCCUCCUCAAUCCCAACCUUCCAAACCAGAAUGAUGUUGUGGACACAGAAGGCAGUCACAGCAACUCCCCUACCAACAUGGGAACCACAGCACGCCUAGAAGAAGCAGUAUGGCGACCAUAUUGAAUUAAUUAUCAGUAUAUGUGUCCAACCUGCUGGUGUCCAUGGUAUUCUCAUGAGUGAUUGAGGGCUCUGCCAUGUUUGUAUAUUAUACAGAGAAGCAGUCUAGAAAUCAAUGUUUCUGGGAAUGAUGCCAUGGUGGCCAACUGAUUUUACUCAACAAGGAGAUAACAUUCUCAAAAAGUACACUCCUCAAGGGACUGAACUUCUAAAGAUGAUACUGUUUUAAAUGGUGGUAAUACUACUCACUCACUUUGUCUAUUGAUAUGGGGAAGAAUAGAUGCUCAAUGUGUUUCCAGAGCGUGACACUUCAAAGUGAAUUUGGAGCUCCUCAAAUCUUUUUUUUUAAAUUCCUUUGACAUAUGGGUAUGGAGGCUUAAAGCCUUACACCAUGUUAAUGAGUUUAAUCAAUCAUUUUGACAUAUUAGUUAAAAGGAAGUAUAGGAAGAUUCUCAGAGAGAAACUGUGAAUACUUCUGAUUUAGCAAUGCUGUGAAUAAGAUUUUUUAUAUCCUGGAAUUAAGUUUUUAGCCAAGUGGUAUAUCCCAAAGAGUAUGGGGAUUCUUUUUAAUUUUUAUUAUUUCUUGGGAUGCAACUCAUCCUUCUUUGCAUAUCAUUGUUUAUUUCCUUUUUUGGCACCUUAAAAAUUGCAGAAAAAGAUUUAAUCUUUUUUUUAAAAAAAAUAUACGCUUGCUUAUCUUAUACUUUAUCAGCCAGAUACAGCCAAAACAGACAAACAAACCUUCCCAGAAGGUAAUUUCAUUUUUCCUUUAAUAUAAAAAAGUGACAGACAAGCGUCCUUUUCAACUACUGAAAUUAUGAUGAGUUACCUGAUAUUUAUGCUCAGCAUUGAGUUUGUUGUGUGUGAUACCUUUUAUUAUUUAAAUAUGCUUUAAAGAUAAGCACAUGUAUUUUGUAGCAACCAAAGUUUAAAAUUAUCACAUAUAAAAUGGCUGGAAUAAUUAUGGGUAAUGUGACUUUUAAUUAUUUAGAAGUAUUGUUUACAUUUUGUUCCAUUUCAUUUUCUUUGGUCAAUUGACACACAAUAAAGUUUCUCCAGCUGAGAACCCAAAAUUAUUUUAAGUGUUAGUAAGGAAGAAACAGUGACAAGAUAUGUCUGUUCUUAGGGGGAGAAGGAUUUUGCUAUUUCACGUUGAAGGUUUAAAUAGGAUUUGAAUAGGAGUUGGAGCAGGGCACUAGAGGCAGGCACUGGUCUCCGAGAGCACAGUUUCCACGUAAAAAAACUGAAUAUAAUGCUCCAUGUUAUAUGGCACCAACAUCCUGAAAAGGAAGAGAAAUAAAAAACAACACAAAAAACAGCCAAUAUCAGUGGCCACUGAUGGCUUCCAUUUCAGUGGCAUGGUAAAUCUAAUGUUAAAGUCUGGUUUUUAGAGAUGCUGUACAGUUAGCCCUCCCCAUUUCCAGUUUUAACUUUUACAGAUUUGAGUAUUUGCUAUUUUGAUUAAUAUGUUCUCUAUAGGAAUCUAUAGAUCCCUCAGCAUGACCCUAUGGCCAGCAUCUGCCAGAAGAUGAUCAUAGAGUCAUGAUGGAGAUCUAAACAUUCUUAGAGAUAACACUUUUCUAGACAUGUAUUGCUCCUCCAGAGAUUAUGUGAUCAAUGUCCCAAUGCUUCAUGUAGAGUCACACUGAAGAACCUAGAGAGGUGUUCAAAAUAAUAUUUUUUUCUAUUCAGUUUUCCCACUUUUGUGGAGAUUCAGCAUCCCUAGCCCCAGCUAAUGUGGAGGGCCAACUAUACCCCUCAAAAUAGGUUCAGUGCUUUGAAUAGUAAUUUUUGAAAUUGAACCUGGAAUGGAGUCACUACCCCAUUGUCAUGGAAGCCACCAUAGGUUAGCAGUAACUUCCAGAUUUGUAUGUUGUCGGUAGAAUCUGACACAUACUGGACAUUCUGCUUUGAUGUGCUGGAGAAUGCAAGAACAUGUUUAAAACUCUGAUCCUAAACUCAGUCAUUUGGAUACAGAUAACGUGGAAAUCAAUAGAGAUAAAGCUCACAGUAGAUGUAGUGCAAAGUCGCAGUUACCCUUUCUGUAUCCUUACAAAGUGCCUGCCACAAGCAAUCCCAGGAUAGUGUAGGCCUAAGCAGAAAAAUGGCAUGGGAAUGGGUCCAUUUGUACCUUCAUUCAUCCCCAGCUGCUUUUCACCCUAAAACAUAGGGCAGGGGAUGUACGGAAUUGGCCCAUAAUUCCCAUCACUCCUCAUGCAUUAUGCCAACUAAGACUGGGUACUGGGUGUUGCAGUCUGACAACAGUUGUAAAACCAGAAGUCUUGCGUGUCUGCAGUGAAAGGAAAGGUAUGACCUUUCGAUAUUCAACCACAGGUGGAAAAGCAGACAGGCAGUUUUCAGUAGAAAAACAACAGGAGGGGAGAAAGUUGUGUAUCUUCUCCCUCACAUUGUGCAGGUUUGCAGCCUCUUGAACUCACUGUCGCUUUAAAAAAUGGCACCUGGCAGCUUUUCACAUUAUGGUGGCGCACCCCAGCAACACAUAAAAUCAGUUCACCUUGUAAAACAGUGGCCCUCUCUAAAACAGAGAAGCAGAAUAACCAUCAGGUGGUAGACUGAGAUAGCCCACUCAAUAGCAUAUUUGUAAUUUUUGUCCAUUUGUUUUCAUGAUAACUCAAUAUGAUUGUUGUUGUUUCACUGUUUGUUACAUCUCAAACAUUACUGUAAAUUAUAAGGCACUAUUUUAUACAGGGGAGUGGUCUCAAUGCAGUCCUAUUCCUCAAAAACAGAACCUCCUGAAGUUGAUAGAUUUCAGAAUUAUCUUUUGAUUGUUAAAAGACCUUCCAAAAAUCAGUGAAACAACUUCAGGUCAAUCCAUUGGUAUUUAAAUCAGUGUUGGGUGUUUUAGAGAAAUAAUAAAAGGAUUUGGUUUAGAAAGAUCCUUGGCUGCAGGCAGCAAAACAGCUGAACUUAUUUAAAUUACUUCUUUUUACUUAUAGAUAUAGAUAUAUAUUUGUAGAUUUGCUUUUGCCUUGUUUGUGUGUUUGAUGCAGUAGCACUUUGGUAUAAAAUGUUACAGAGUUAAGCAAUGCUAUGACAUCAGUAGGGUCAACUUUCUGCAUAAAACCUUUUCAGCUGAUCUCAGCCAAACAAAAAAGCAAUGUCAUGUCCGCCUCUUUCAGUCUAGCAGGUUAAUGGGUUUCUGAAGGUAAAUCUUAGACUUUAUUUGAGUGAAUACGUGUAUUGCAAUUAGAGUAUUUAAGGGUUUUUUUUAAAAAAAAUCUGAAACUUCUGUGCUUCUGAUUUUUUAAAUGUUGUUUAAGUAGUUAAUCUUACAAAACUGUUACAACCAUCUUCUCUGAUUUUUCAAGUUUCAGUUCUUAUCUCUCCAAAUGAUAUUUAAAGGAAACUUUCAUAAUAAUUCUUCCACAUGAUGCAGUCUAUAACACAAUGCAUUUUAUUUUCUGUCACAAGUGUUUGCUGGUGACAUCUAUUUAGAUAAAUAACAGCAACUAGGCCAACUGCAUAAUCCCUACAAUCUGUUUAUAACAGUCCACCUUCCACAUUCAGUGGCGUUAGAGGCACAGGACCUCCAUGAAAAUGAAAAAAAUUAAUUAAGAAAUUGCUAAAUAUUAUUUCCUGAGAAUAUCUCUCUAGGAAUAUCUAGGUCUUCUAGUACAACUCUGUAAUUGAAUUCCACUGGAAUUGAAGGUGGGGUCACACUGGAGGACCUAGAGAUUUGUAGAGAAAACAUUUGUAAUCAGAUCUACAAAUAACCAAAUUCGCAACAGCCAAAACUGCAAAUAUUGCAAAUAUUGUCCUAUCCUUUCCAAUAUUAGAUUAAUUCACCAUUUUCUUCACAUGUUGGUAACUAAUAGGACACUGUUGUGCAAAUUUAAUCAGAAACAAGUUACAUUGUGCUCGCCAGAAUUUCCUCCCAGUAAGUCUGAAUGAGCUUCUUCUAGAAAUAGGCUGAAAUGAAACAAUUAACUGUUGAGGUAGCAUUCCUAUGAUAGGUAAUGUUGAGGUAGAAUUCCUAUGAUAGGUAAUGAGUGUGAAAUAGGCAAUAUUCUGGGGGAAUCUGCAAUUAUUAAAGUCCUACAAAGGUCAGCUAAACUGGGAUCAAGGGAGGCAGAAGGGGGUAUAAAAUACUUCACAUCUUCAGAGGAAGGCAAUAAAUGUAUAGCUAACUUUACCAUUUCAUGCCAUUUGUCUAUCUAGCUCAGUUUUGUCUACUCAUGAUGGAAGUGGAUGUCCUUCCGACAGAAACCUUUCACAUCUCUUGCUUCCUGUUAUUUUAAAUAGAAAUGAUAUGUGUUGUUCCAGCCAGGGUUACUCCAAGAUACUUUGCUGGCAGAGCUGAAAGUGGCACAUGUUUCUCACCUCAACUCAAGGAUGAUAGUUAUUUUGGCACAUGAGGGAGAAAAUCCAACAAAUGUCUGACAGUAAACAUAUCAUAACAUAGUAAAUAAAUAACAAUUUGUUUUCUCACUCUACUAAAUGUAAGACAAGUUCAGCCACCAGCAAGGUAUGGUUCAUUUUCAGCAGUCGUUUUCCUCUUAUACCUAUGUUAAGUGUUUUCCACCCUGUUCUCUUAGUACAAAAAUACAUAGAAAAAAACCCCAGACCACAUUAGACCAAUACCUUUGGUAGACUACUGUAUCAUUUGCAAUGUCAAAUCAGCCCUGUGAAUAGCAUCUAUCAUUUUGCCUUUUGCAGGUCCUUCCCUAGACAGUGGUUCUCAACCUGUGGAUCUCCAGACGUUUUGGUCUUAAACUCCCAGAAAUCCUAACAGCUGGUAAACUGGCUGGGAUUUCUGAGUGUUAUAGUCCAAAACACUUGGGGACCCACAGGUUGAGAACCACUGCUCAAGAAUGAAAUUAAUGUAUGCUCCCUAUAUUAAAAUCAGAGACCUAUCUUUAACUCUCCACUUCAUCGUUUACCUCAUGUCAAGUCUUUAUUAUCCCUGUGGAACCCUCCAGCUAAUAUUUAACAUGUUAGGACUACCACUCACAAGCAUUCCUUUUUUUCUUUCAAGAGAUAAAUCCAGGUUUCCUUUUUGAAAGCUGUUCUUUCACAAGGCUUGGGAUCAAAAUGUAUGAUAUGUUUAGUACAUAUUUAGAGGAAGUUCUCCCUCAAGUGGAGAAAGAUGCCUGUCAUCAUACUUCAAGCUUCUCAUCGCCUGCAUGCUGUUUAUCUUUUUUGUGUCUGUUCACACACACAAGUACUGGCUAAAUUUGGAAAUGUUAUUACUGAGACACCUACUUCUUCUUGCAGGAGGGAAAUGUCUUAAACAUGCAUUCCCUUUGAUAUUUAGUUUAAACCUUAGUGUCAGUAAGCUCUGGAUUUACAAUCCUGAAUUCAGUUAUACAUAAUUCAGUGCCACAGGUUCCUGAAAACAUCAGAAAUCAUAUUUAUGUGGACAGUUUUAAUUUGAUAAUCCAGGCAGUCCAAUUGUUUGCACACAUUCUCUGAUUCCUUCAGUAGCUGUUCAAUUUUUCAAAACAUAAAUCACACACUGUGUGUGUGUGUGUGUGUAUCUGCAUUUUUACCCUGCUCUAUCUCAUCCCCGAAAGGGGACUAAGAACAGCUUCCAGAUUGGCAAUAUCCAAUGCCACAUGAAACAUAAAAACAUACAAAUACAAAUUACAAUAUACAUUAAAAUAAUAAAAGUCAUAAAAACAAUGCCAUAUAAAAACUUUACAUAAACUGUUAAACAUAGUAUGUUGUUUAAGGGCUGGAACAAAUUGACCAAGAUCCACCAAGAUGACUUAGUUACACAACGGUUUUAGUAUAGGGACUCUCACUCUUUCUUUCCUGGUUUGCUACAAAUACGGCAAGAAAGGCUUUCUUAGGAGCAGCUCCAUCCAUUUGUCUGUGAGAGCGUGCCCAGAUACAUUGUGGUUGCCCUUGCACACCUAAGUAAAAAUGAGCAGCCACUGCUGCCAACGAGACAGGCAUUAAUAAAAGUACCCCCUGGAACACUCUGAAAAGUACAUAUUUUCAUGUAACCAACAAUAUUCCAGCGAAUGCUUCAUUUCAUUAGAUUUUAGUCUACAGAACAUAUAAAUGUGUAUUUGAUUACCUGCAUAGUGUGUAAGAGUGUCUUUGCGCAUUGGGUUCCCUCCCGCUUGAAAUGGUAUAAUCUCAACCAACAUGAAAAUGUUGGUUGAGGUUAUGCUAGGCUUUCAUAAGGAGGAAUGAACUGUUGCUAGAAGAGAAACCAGUUACAGGCAGUCCCCAAGUUAUGAACAAGAUAGGUUCUGUAGGUUUGUUCUUCACUUUCUAUCCCUGUGAUAACUGGAUUUUUUUUUUAAAUGGCUUGCUAUGAAAACAAGAAUAGGUGAUACAGCUUCAGUGGAGACAUCUUUUCCCCAUGAUAAUUCUUACAGGAGUGAAUUUCCUUUCCUUAGGAGUAGAUUUCUCUCACUUCCUGUUUUCUCACCCCCGUUCUUAACUAUGAGUCAUUUCUUAGUCAUAUGUCUGUAACUUUGGAACUACCUGUAUUUACAAUCCAGUUCUGCUGAAUAUAUUUAGCAUGGGUGACAGAGCAGGGGGGAGGCAACAUCCAGCCCUAAAUCCAUUCUGGAGUAUAAUAUGAUUCCCCUUGCAAAUGUAAUGAGUUGGCUCUGUAUCCACAGAUUCUGCAUCCAUGGAUUUCACCAUCCAUGGCUUGAAAAUAUUCCCCAAAACACCUCCAAAAAGCAAAACUUUAUUCCGCCAUUUUAUAUGAAGGACAUCAUUUAACUACACCUUUGUAUAUAUAAUAGGAUUUGAGCAUCCAAACCCCAGGGGAAAACAAAGGCCUCUUUUAUUUUCCAUAGGAUUUUGUGAACUAGAAGAAAGAGCAAAGUGAGCAAUCUACAUUAAUUAUAUUUGAGAAAGCUCAAAACACAUUUCCUUUUGACUUUUCAGUAACUGAGCCCAUUUUGAGAAAUGGCAUGUACUGAAAAAUUCUACACUAGUUGCGUUGCCAAAGUCAGAUGGCUGGGCCAAAUGCUUCCAGGUCUAUAGCUUUUUUUUAACAUUAAGUGUUCCAUGCUUUAAUCUAUGUGGUUGGAUCCAGACAUAAUCAUAUUUAGGGUAGGUCUGUUUCGAUCAGUGGGAUUUAAUCUGCCUAAUAAGAAGCUGCAGGGACCGUGGUGGCUCAACGGGUUAAACCACUGAGCUGCGGAACUUGCUGACCAAAAGGUUGAGGGUUCGAAUCCGCAGAGCAGGGUGAGCUCCUGUCAUCAGUCCCAGCUCCUGCCAACCUAGCAGUUUGCAGACAUUCAAAUGUGAGUAGAUCAAUAGGCACCGCUUCGGUGGGAAGGUAACGGCACUCCAUGCAGUAAUGUCAGCACAUGACCUAGGAGGUAUCUACGGACAAUGCCUGCUCUUUGGCUUAGAAAUGGAGAUGAGCACCAACCCCCAGAGUCAGACUGAGUCCCUGCAGCUUCUUAUUAGGCAGAUUAAAUCCCACUGAUCGAAACAUGUCAAGGGGAAACACCUUUACCUUUACCUUUAAUAAGAAGCUGCAUUGACUUCAGUGCAUCUAAGUGACUAUGACAAAAUACCACAUAUUACUAAGAACAAACUAGGUUGCUUGUUGUUUUUUUUAACACUAAAGCUAAACAGGAACAUUAUAGGUAAUUUAUGACAUAAUCUGCAAAAACUAAUUUAGAAAAACUAAGUAAAUAUCAGAAUCCAAACUAAAGAAUAAAGCCUGAAAGAAACCUCUACCACCAUUUCACCAGUUUAGAUGUGCUUUUGUUCUCCAAGAGAAGUGGCAUUCCGUUUUGUAAAAUGUAACUGUUUAAGCAUCACAUUUUAGAUUGGGACAACCAAUAAUGGUUAAUAACGAGAUUUUUUUAGUAAAUAAUAUAGCAUACUUAAGCUGAAGGAGUUGGUUGAAAGUACUUUAAAUUAAUUUGGCUCGAACUGAACUGGUUUAGAUGGUUGUUUUGUUUUGAUUGCUAUGGGUUGUGGGUAAUACUUCAUUUCACUGAGCUGCUGAGCUAAAUGUCUGAGAAUCCUAACUAUAUUUAUCAGAAGAAAAAUCUCACUGAAAUCAGAAAGACUCACUUUUGAAUUAUUGUACACCAGGAUUGAAUGUCAGAUCUCUCUGGAAGUUACAUUUUCUGACAUUUUAAUGUUGCAGUUUGAAAGCAUUCAAAUGUGAGUAGGUAGCUUUGGCAGGAAAGUAACGGCACUCCAUGCAGUCAUGCCGACCACAUAACCUAGGAGGCAUCUACGGACAAUGCCGGCUCUUUGGCUUAGAAAUGGAGAUGAGCACCACUCCCAGAGUCAGACUCGACUAGGCUUAAUGUCAGGGGAAAACUUUUUCCUUUACCUUUAGUGCAACUGGAUCUUAUCCACAUACAGAGUUGCUUAAUGAAUGAGUUCAACUGAUUUCCCACAGAUAUCCCACAAACUCUUUUUCUACCCUCCAAAUAUUCAUUGCUUUUACUUAGAUAGCAUUUGUUAUACUUUGCUCACAAAAUCUUUGUUUAUAACAUUUUAUAAACGUUUUAUUCUCUAAGGCUUGUUUUGCCUUGCAACUUUUCUCUCCAUUUCCUUUGGCCAAUAUUAUCCCCUAAAGAUUUUGUUUCACAUCUCAUGGAAGGGUUGCAUCAGGAGACCUAAUUGUAUUUAUGUAUGUAAAUAAGUUCAAAAGCUUCAUAGAGAAAAAAAAUAUGGUUAAUGCUUAUAAGUAUUUUGACAUGUUUCAUUUUCUGUAUCUUUCCUAAAUCCGCCUCUGCUAAAUACUGUAGGAAACUUUUUUCUUUCCAAUUUAAUUCCUUUAGACUUCAAGAUGAAAACUAUUUUAGUUACUUUGUAAACAGUUCAGAGCAUGGUUUUGUGUGGCACAUUAAAACUCUUCACCUUUUUGUUGUGGGGGGGAAGUGAAUGUGCAAAGAGCUGUUGGUUACAUGUGGUAUUCUGAAGGUAGACAUAAGUUUUAAAAAUAUACAUUUCAACAGGAAAUUAUUCUGAGGAGUAUCUCAUGGGUGGAACACAAUGACAAAUGGAGCUGAACAGAUAUUUGGACAUGUGUUUUCUAAAUGUACUACAACCAACUUGUGCUGUGUACUGGAACUUUCCACGUCUUCUCUUGAUGCUGUCAUAUUUUGGAUCACUUUUAGAAGGGGAUCCCCUUUAGUCUUCAUGAUAGCUGUUUGGAAAAAACUGGAGUCAGUUCCCCAUCCCCACUCCAUCAUAUUUCUAGAUAUAUCUGAGUAGGCAUUUCCUCUGCAGAACAUCCAGGUGAAAUCAUUGUGAGUAGCAUGCAGAGCAGCUGGGCUGCUGCAUUUGUUCUAAAGGAAAUUUGCUUUCUUUAUACCACAUUUUUUCUGUACAUUCAAUAUUAUAAUUAGUGUGAAUGACAAAUAAAUUGUUUGAGAAAUA